AUGCCCUCAUAUGCUAAGUUCCUAAAAGAAAACUUAUCGAAUAAAAAGAAAUUAGAAGAGAAUGAGACCGUAACACUCACUGCUGAAUGUAGUGCCAUAAUUCAAAAUAAAAUGCCACCUAAGCUGAAAGACCCAGGAAGUUUCUCCAUACCCUGCAAUAUAGGAAAAUUUGUCAUAGACAAAGCUUUAUGCGACUUAGGAGCUAGUAUUAGCCUAAUGGCUUUGUCCAUUUGCGAGAAACUAAACAUGGGAGAUCUAAGACCAACCAAGAUGUCAGUACAACUUGCAGACCGAUCUGUCAAGUAUCCUGUAGGUGUUCUUGAGAAUGUACCCGUCCGCAUCGGAAAAUUCUACAUCCCUACGGAUUUCAUAAUUAUGGACAUAAAAGAAGACGUCAAUACUCCUAUAAUCUUAGGAAGACCUUUUCUAGCUACCGCUGGAGCCAUUAUAGACGUAAAGAAAGGCAAGUUGACAUUCGAAGUAGGUGACGAGAAGGUCAAGUUUAUUCUAACACAAUUCCUUCAAGCCCCAACUGUAGAAGAUACAUGUUAUCUGGUGGAUGUUAUUGAUGAAUGUAUAAGAGAGAUAGGAUUAUCGGAGGAAUCCUACUCUGAAGUUAUAAGGAUUCUGAUGCCCCUGAUUUUCGAAGAUGACAAUUGGCGUCCGGAAUAUCGAGACGAUAGUUUAAGCGAAUGCUUAGCCUUAACACCCAACCCUAUGCCUUCCCCAAAGAAACCAACCUUGGACCUUAAACCAUUUCCAAAGACUCUUAGGUAUGAAUAUCUAGACGAUGAGCUCAAAAGACCAGUAAUAGUCAAUGCAGAGCUAGGAGCCACAGAGACUGAGAAAUUAUUACAAGUUUUAGAAAGUAUCCAUCUGCGUUAG